GAGAGGACUCCUUGAAGGGGACAGAAACAAGCCGAUGAAGCGGUGCACACACUGACACGAUGGAUUUCAAUCUCAAAAAGCUUACUUCUGAUGCAGGAGUCUUCUUCACCCGUGCAGUCCAGUUCACAGAAGAGAAGUUGGGCUCUGCGGAGAAGACUGAGCUCGAUGCCCACUUGGAGAAUCUGAUUGCCCGGGCCGACUGCACCAAGAACUGGACUGAGAAGAUCUUCAGGCAAACCGAGGUCUUGUUGCAGCCCAAUCCAAUUGACCACACUGGUGCGCGUAUAGAGGAGUUCUUCUAUGAGAAGUUAGAUAAGAAGAUCCCAUCCAGGACAACCAAUGGAGAGCUGCUGGGACAGUAUAUGCUGGACGCUGCUAAAGACUUUGGCCCAGGGACCCCAUAUGGCAGUACCCUGAUCACGGUGGGGGAGUACCAGAGGAGACUGGGAGGGGCGGAGCGGGAGUUCCUCCAGACCUCGGCCAUCAACUUCCUCACUCCUCUCCGCAACUUCCUGGAGGGAGACUGGAGAACCAUAUCUAAAGAGAGACGUCUCCUGGAGAACCGGCGGUUGGACCUGGACAUCUGUAAAGCACGUGUCAAGAAAGCCAAGCAGGCCGAGGCUAAAGCGGCGGCCGAGCCCGAUUUUCAGGAGACUAGGCCUCGAAAUUAUGUUCUGUCUGCGAGCGCAUCUGCGCUGUGGAGUGAGGAAGUGGACAAAGCGGAGCAGGAGCUGCGUGUGGCUCAGACGGAGUUUGACAGACAGGCCGAGGUCACACGGCUGCUACUGGAGGGCAUCAGCAGUACACAUGUAAACCACCUGCGCUGCCUUCAUGAGUUUGUGGAGGCCCAGGCUACAUACUAUGCCCAGUGCCACCAGUACAUGCAGGAGCUGCAGAAAGAACUGAGCAGCGCUAACAGCGAUAUGUACCCAAACUCUUUUGCCUCGAACGUCAACCCCUCCACCUCCGCCUCCUGCCCCUCCCCCAUCUCCUCUGCCACUCUGCCAGGGGUCUCACCCCCGGGCCUGGCCUCCACCUCCACCCCUGGCAGCGCCCGGGAGCCUUCUGGCCCGCUGAAGAUCCAGGAUGUGCAGCCGCCUUCCACGGGCCACCGCAAGGCCAAGGUCCUGUAUGACUAUGACGCCCACGACACUAGUGAGCUCUCCCUACUGGCUGACGAGCUCAUCACUGUCUACACAGUGCCAGGCAUGGACCCAGACUGGCUGGUGGGAGAGCGGGGCAACCAGAAGGGCAAGGUGCCCGUCACCUACCUGGAGCUGCUGAGCUAGAUGGACCCACGUAGGGACGCACACGCACGCACGCUCGCACACACACAGACACACACAGACACAUGCACACAUGCCUCUACUCUAUGGUCUCAUGGCACAGGAGGUUGGUGGCACCUUAACUGGGGAGGACAGGCUCAUGGUAAUGGAUGGAGUGGAAUAGGUGGAAUGGU